AUGAUUCAAAUAAGAAUCGAAGCAGAAAAAGGAAUCGACGUUAGGGCGAAGAUUGGAUGGAAUGUUAAUGAAACUUCUGAUUCUCGACACAGACAACAACGAGGGAUGCCAGUCACGCUUUUAAUGCUUAGUUUAAUUUUAAGAAUGUUGUUUGAUGCGUUAAAAGAAAUGACAGAAAACGCCUACAAUGGAACUUUCUUAAAGGCGAUGCCGUUGCUGAAGAAAUGGCAAUUUCUCAAAAAUGAUCUUCGCAACAUAUGUUGA